AUGCCGCAUGCGGUGGUUGUAAUGGGCGAGGACGAGACUUCACAAAUACUUGGAGAUGGCUUCGUUCACUUGCAGUACUUUAGCAAUCCGCAACGAUGCAUGCCGGCUAAGGUUCAGCAGCAGCAGCAUUCUCAACGGAUAAUUUUGCUCUACUUUUCCCUUCUGGGGCGUGAUUUGCUUGGGGUGGACUGGAGAAAAGAUGAUGGCGUCUUCAACGCGGAGAGGGACAAACUGUUUGAGGAGAUGCGGCGUUGCUACGACACCGAAACAGGAGGGUUUUGUCCGGUUCCUGUGAGCCAUUAUAACACAAGCGCCACAUUAUCCAUGACCCACUGUGCUCUUCAGAUAUUAAACCUCUGUGAUUUUCUACCCAAGGCCACUGAGGAGUGGGCGUAUAAGGAGAAAUUAAUGUCAUUUGUGAUGUCGUGUCAUAUUAGACACGAGUGUCCUCUCUUUGGAGAGUCUUUUCGAGGUGCUUUUCAGGCGGCCCCGGAUAUUGCGGAAGUGGAUAUUCGAUUUACCUACUCGGCUCUGGUUUCAAUGGCGCUUUUAUGCAAACCACAACCACUGUCUACUGUAUCAUCUCUACAAGGCACUCUCCAGGAGGCAGUCGCCUUUAUUUGGCGCUGUUGGGAUGCGCACGAGGGUGCAUUUGGAGCGGUGCCAGGGGCGGAGGCGCAUGGUGGAAUGACUUUUUGUGCGGUAGCCUCGCUGGCGUUGGCUGGCGCAAUGUCUUCUCUAACUCGGAGCCGUCAUCACUUACUAUUACGGUACUGUACCGCACGUCUGUCGGGGGGUCCUGAGGAUCAUGAGUCCAUUGGCAGCACGGGGGUUAUUAUGCCAAUUGUUGGAUACCAGGGAAGACCACAAAAGGAAUGUGACACAUGCUAUUCACACUGGAUCGGCUCCACCCUUCGCAUUCUUCAAACCCAAGAGCAUGAUUUUGUGUUUCCUGUGGAUGUUCUUCCCAUCUUCAGGUUUAUGGGCAAUUGUGUUGAUUCCGAACACGGGGGUAUUCGCAAGGACUUUGAUAUGCGUGCAGACAUUGUCCA